CGGAGAGCGUCAGAAUUAGAAUCGCAAUGAAGAGUGAAAAAAUGUCAAUAGAUUCUCAAAUUAAAAUAUUUCGAAUUUUAUUUGUGAGUUCCAUAAGUUUAACGUUAAUAUGGUUAAUGGUAACGUUGGCGAUUUCGUCGAAAAGUCGUCCUGUAAAAAUUUCGGUAUGGCAAGGAAUUGAAGGGCAUAAAAAGGUUGAGGCAUUGGAUACCAGAAACAGAAAACAUUUAAAAUCGAUGUUGCGGUGCAAAGAUUCGGAUUUAAAAAUGGAGAUAUUGUUUCGUGGCGAUCAUUGGAUUUUGCAGAAUAUGAUAAGCGGCCUUCGGAGUCGCAAGAUGGGCUGUGCGGAAGCGAUAACUUUUGUAACGGUGGCGGAUUUUAGUUAUCUCAUGCAUUUGGAAACCCUUGUGGAGCGCUGGAUGGGUCCCAUUAGCCUGGCCCUGUUCGCCCCUGGCGAUGACUUCUAUGCCACCAUGAAUGCCAUUCAAUAUGCUCGCCUGUGCCUGCCCAUCAGUAAACUGGUGCGGGACUAUGUGACAUUUCACAUCUACUUUCCCAGUGGUCAUUUGCCAGUGGACGGGAUACCACGGACGCCUCUCGAAGCCCUCAAAUGGCCAGCUAACUGUUCCGAACCAUAUGCGCCCUAUGAAAAUGUAAGACGCCGAGAUUUGUAUUGGCAUGGGUUACAGCUGGGAUUACCCAUAAAUUUGGGACGAAAUGUGGCCCGCAGAUCCAUCAACACCCACUAUGCCCUGGUGGCGGAUAUUGAAUUAUAUCCCAGCAAAGAUUUUAUUCCACAAUUUUUCGAUAUGAUCUCUCGAAAUACCAGUUUGGUGACGUCAAAAAAUCGCCAUGUCUUUGCGGUGCCUGCCUUUGAUUUGGAUCACCAUGCCAUGGUGCCCGACACCAAAGAGGAUCUAAUGACAAUGUACAACAUGGGCAUGGCCAUGGAAAUGCAUCAUCGUAGCUGUAGCUAUUGUCAACUCAUUCCGGAGGAGCAAAAAUGGUUGGAG